ACGUUUAAAGCGACAUGAAAUGUCAAAAUGCUUGGUGCAAUCGCAUUAGGUUAAAAUUCACAUAAUACAUUCACUGUGACCCAAUUCAUCAACAAUACAAGAAGAAAGAUUGAAAGAAACCUAGUGAUUAAUUUGAAAAAAGAAUCCUCACAUAAAACUAGAUACUCAAUUGAAUUAUUUGACAAUCGAGGUAAGCGAAUUAAAUGAGCACCGACCGAUCCAUUGGCAGCAACAUACACAUCAAUUCAAGCCCACCACCCCAAAACGUCAAACUCAAUCAACAAAAGCGAACAACUGAGCUAGCUCGAGUAUAUCAAUAAACGUAACCAAGUGUUGUUUGUUUGAUCAUUUUACCACAAUUUCUUUCAUAUGAACUUUUUGUUUUUCCGAAUUUCUUUCUUGUUUUUGAACAUACAAUUCAAAUAAACUGCGUUGAAUUUGCAAUACUCACGGGGAUAUCAAAUCGCAACAUGGGAAGUGAUAAGAAACGAGUUCAUGAUUCGGACAACGAUUUAUCGGAUUUAGAAAAACGUAGUCGCCGAGAUAGGGAUGGUGAAUCGUCAAAAAGUAAAAAAAAGCACAAGAAACACAAAAAGAAUAAAAAAUCAAAGAAACAUGAUGUGGAUGGAAAAGAGAAACACAGCAGCAGCAGCAGUAAAAAACAUAAGAAACAUCACAAACGAUCCAAAUCGAACGAUGAAUAUUUGUCCGAUUCGAAUACAGAAAGUGGCGCAACAACAACAAACACCAAAAGUGACACGGUGAGCGCAUCAAGUCGUCAUGAUUUUGAAACAAAGCUACCUCCACGAGCAACGACAACGCUCAACACAAAAUUCACCGAAAUUAUGAAAUCGAAUGGACAUAUUGUCGUGGCCAAAAUUCCAGUUACAAAAUACAAUAAUGGAAAUGGUUCAGAUGCAAACAAAAAACGUGAAACAACCAACAAAAUACCGACCGAUCCAAGUAAAUUAGUUGAAUUUAUAACGAAAUCGCUGGAUCCAAAUACAUCAACGCAAGUAGUUUCAUCCGCAUCAGAUAGCGAUACCGUUCUUGAUGUUGAUAGUCCCGAUGUAGCUGUCAUUGAAGAAGAUGAUUUGAAUCUAGAAGAACUGAUGCGUCAGAAGGCUCUCUUACAAGCAAGACUGGGUGGCAUUGCUAUGUCCGAUACAGAAAGUGAACAAUCACGCAAAACACCAUUGGUGUCGAUAAAUAAAUUAUCUACGACAACCGACGAAAUAAAAACCAAUGAGAAAAAUAAAUUGAAACGAACCGCUGAUGCUAGUGUUAGUGAUGUCAUUCUACUUGAUGAUAGUAGCAAUGAUGCUAACGAAAAACCAUCACCACCGAAAAAGAAAUCACGGAGCAGCCGAUCGAGAAGUAAAGAACGUACACAUAAAGAUCGAAGCAGCGGCAAUGGCCGCAACAACAAUCGUGAUAAUCGUGACAAUGAUAAAUCAUCGAAAACACGUCGUUCAGAUGUUGAAAAUCGAUUUAAAGAAGACUUACGCAAAGAAAUCGAUCGUGACAAAGAACGUAGUCGGGUUAGCCCACGGAGGCAAGGCGCAUCUGCUCUUAAAUCAGGUGCACAUUCGCCCAAUUCAAAGUCACGCUUAUCAACAAACGACAAAAGUAAACAAACACAGUCCACAUCGACGUCUUCAGCAUCGAUACGAGAACGGGAGGAUCGAAAUAAGCCACGAGACCAUUACGAUAAAUACGAUCGUCAUGACCAAUAUCUAAAUAGACAAAGGCGGUUUAGGGAUGAAAAAUAUCGUUCAGAUGAAUUGUCUAGGAAGAAAAAAGAGGAACGAAGUGACAAGUAUAUGGGAUCACUCAGUGAAGGUCAAAAACACAAAGAUUCAAGUAGUGGCAGUGAGUUGGGCGAUAUAGACAUUGAUGACGAAGAUGAAGAGGAGAAAAUCAUCGAGAUGCGAAGAAAAAAGCGCGAAGAAUUAAUGAAGAAAUUAUCGGGUACAACGAAAGAAAAUCGCUCGAAACAAAUCAAUGAAACGAUGACAGACGAAAGUGUCGACGAUGUAAUAUUCGUUGAAGAACCUGGACCGAAAUCGUUUAAGCACUUAUUUUCACAUGACAAAAAUAAAAGUGAAGUUAAUAAAUCCGAAACGCCACCACCGCAAAUCGAUCAUGAUCAGGACGAUGAGAAACAUAAGGAUGCAUUAAAGUCAAAAACUGAUGGGAAUGGGGCUACCAAACGUACUGAUUGGGACAUGUUUGCCGAACAAGAUAUUGAUUCCAAUUUUGAUAGUCCAAGUACAAUCAUUGCUAACAAAAACACUGUCGAAAAUCCCGCUUUAACUGAUAAUUGGGAUGAUGCCGAGGGCUACUAUCGUGUUCGAAUUGGAGAGAUUUUGGAUAAUCGAUACAGUGUGUUUGGUUUCACUGGUCAAGGUGUUUUCAGUAAUGUGGUGAGUGCACGAGAUCAAGCCAGAGGCAAUGCUCAUGUGGCUGUUAAAAUCAUUAGAAACAAUGAAAUCAUGCACAAAACUGGUUUGAGAGAGUUGGAGGUCCUGAAAAAAUUAAAUGACGCCGAUCCAGAUGAUCGAUAUCAUUGUCUUCGGUUGCAUCGCCAUUUUUUCCACAAACAGCAUUUAUGUAUGGUAUUCGAACCGUUGUCGAUGAAUUUGAGAGAAGUGCUUAAAAAGUAUGGCAAAAAUGUUGGUCUUCACAUAAAAGCUGUGCGCAGUUAUACACAACAACUAUUUUUAGCGUUAAAAUUAUUGAAGAAAACGGGCAUUUUACACGCCGACAUCAAACCGGACAACAUUCUUGUCAACGAGAGCAACUUAAUUCUAAAAUUAUGUGAUUUUGGUUCAGCAACACAUAUCUCUGACAAUGAAAUAACACCCUAUCUGGUAUCGCGAUUUUAUCGAGCGCCCGAAAUCAUCAUUGGUAUGCAAUAUGAUUAUGGAAUUGAUAUGUGGUCGGCUGGCUGUACUAUUUAUGAAUUGUAUACGGGAAAAAUUUUAUUCAGCGGCAAAUCAAAUAAUCAAAUGUUAAAAUUUUUUAUGGAUUUAAAGGGAAAAAUUCCGAAUAAAGUGAUAAGGAAGGGACAAUUCAAAGAUCAGCAUUUCGACCAGAAUGGUAAUUUUCUAUCGCAUGAAAUCGAUCGGUUAACUGAACGGGAAAAAAUUGUCGUUAUGCCAGUUAUAAAGCCUACGAGGAGUCUUCAUCAGGAGCUGGUAGCGGAUCAAAAUUUGCCGGACGAUCAACUGCGUAAGGUUUCACAAUUGCGUGAUUUGCUUGACUCUUUGUUCGCAUUGGAUCCCUCAAAGCGUCUGUCGCUGAAUUUGGCUCUUGCACAUCCAUUCAUACAAGAAAAGAUGUAAGAAACUAUGUUGCGUGCAGCUCUUUAUCAUAAUGAGUGAUUGAAGAAGACGAAGAUGUGUGGCUCGAAAUAGGUAUAAUCUAUAAUCAAUGCUGCCCAUUUUGAGUACAAUUUUUUCAAUAGCAAUGAUGCGAAUAGUCAGAUUUGUAAAACAAUUGAUCGUUAUCAUUAAUAUCAUUAAUAUUAUUUUUAACGAUGAUUUAUGUCCCAAAAAAACAACAACAAAUAAACAAAAAUUAUUUAAAAUUUUCACAAACCUGAA